CGCCAGCGGGGCGGGAGGCGGCGGGGUCUCGGUGUGCCUCGGCAGGGAUCGGCCCGCUCCCCUCCAGCAUCCCCCGGGCGGAGCGGCGGGGCCGGGUGUAUGCCGGUGCCGGGAGGGGCUGGGGAGCUGCUGGGACGGGAUCCCGGGGCAGGGAGCGGGGAUACACCGACCGCCCGGUCCCUCGGCCCUGUCCCCGGCCAUGUGCCCUGUCCCGGCCCCGCUGACCGCGCUUUCCCCGCAGACGAGGAUGACGUGCACAAGUGCGGGCGCUGCCAGUCGGAGUUCAGCUCCCUGCAGGAGUUCGUGCAGCACAAGCUGCAGAAGGGCUGCCAGCGCCCUCCCGACCCGCUCGCCGGGCUCCUCGGCCACGAAGGACAAAAGGUGGUUCCUGCUGUCGAGGAGUCCAUCACUGUUGCUCACAUUGUUGUUGAAGCAUCUUCCAUAGCAGAGGAGAUCAGCAAUGCCUCGGCCAUCGUAGGCAGUGGGCACAUCAAAGAGGUCAUUGUAGCAGGAGACCAUGUGUUUGAGAACCCGAAUGGCCACGUGGAUGGGGAGGUCAGUGAGGAGCAGGACAUCAAGGUCAAGCUGCAGGUGAACAAGGAGGGGCGGUACGUGUGUGAGCUGUGCCAGAAGACAUUUAAAACUGCCAGCAUCCUCAAAGCUCACAUGAUCACUCACAGCAGCAGGAAGGACUAUGAGUGUAAACUCUGUGGGACUUCCUUUAGGACAAAGGGGUCUCUGAUCCGACACCAUCGGCGGCACACGGAUGAAAGACCUUACAAAUGCAAGAAUUGUGGGAAAAGCUUCCGAGAAUCAGGAGCUUUGACUCGGCACCUUAAAUCUCUGACACCUUGCACUGAAAAAAUCCGCUUCAACAUGACCAAAGAAAUAGUUGUCAACAAAGAUGAUCUGCCACCAGGACCCUGCAGCUCCACCACAGACACAGUGUCCUCCAUAGCGAGCGAAUCCAUGGAGGCCUCCCCUGUCAUCCACCUCGUGACAGAUGCAAAAGGCAACGUGCUCCAUGAGGUCCAUGUCCAGAUGCAGGGACUGCCCAUGGUGGAUGCAAAGCCCCUGGAUCCAGACCAGCCGCAUCCCGAGGAGCUGCCCUGCGAGGGGGAAGUGAACAGUGAGAACCUGCUGAGGCAGGCCAUGAGGAAUUCGGGGAUUGUCAUCGAGAGAGUGGCUCUGGAGGAGGUGCAGAAGCCGGAUGAACCUGUGGCAGCUGCUCCAGAAGAGCUGGAGAACAAAGGGAUGGAAGUAGACGAGGAGCCGUGUGUUAAAGUGGAAGGAGUGGAGUCUCAGACACCUGCAGAAGGAACCAACGGGUACAAACGUUACAUUUGCUCUCACUGUAAUGAAGCCUUCAGUGAAGCUGCUGCCCUGGAAUCUCACAGCAAGAGUCACACAGAGUACAAACCUUUCAAGUGUGAGGAGUGUGGCAAGGAGUUCACCAAGGGCUACCUGCUGAAGAAGCACCAGGAGGUGCACGUGAACGAGCGGCGGUUCCGCUGCGGGGAGUGUGGCAAGCUCUACAAGACCAUCGCCCACGUCAAGGGGCACCGGCGCGUGCACUCGGACGAGCGGCCCUACGCCUGCCCCAAGUGUGGCAAGCGCUACAAGACAAAGAACGCCCAGCAGGUGCAUUUCCGUACCCACCUGGAGGACAAGCCCUACGUGUGCCAGUUCUGCAGCCGGGGGUUCCGGGAGAAGGGCUCCCUGGUGCGCCACAUCCGCCACCACACCGGCGAGAAGCCCUUCAGGUGCUACAAGUGCGGCCGCGGCUUCGCCGAGCACGGCACCCUCAACAGGCACCUCAGAACCAAAGGUGGCUGCCUCCUUGCUAUGAAGGAGGUGGAAGAAGUGAUAGUGUCAGAGGAGAGUCAGUCUGCUGACAACUUGGCAGCCACAGUCCUUUCGGAGGAUCCGCACACGGUUCUGGUGGAGUUCUCCUCAGUGGUGGCAGACACCCAGGAGUACAUCAUCGAGACUUCUACCGAAGACAUGGAGACCAGUGAAGCUACUGAAAUAAUAGAGGGAACAAGACAUGAGAUGGACAGCCACAUCAUGAAGGUGGUGCAGCAGAUCGUGAACCAGGCCAACCCGGGCCACCAGAUCAUCGUGCAGAACGUCACCGUGGCCGAGGGCGGCGCGGCCGCCGACGCCGCCGACACCAUCACCAUCGCCACCCCCGAGAGCCUCACCGAGCAGGUGGCCAUGACCCUGGCCUCGGCCAUCGGCGACGGCGCCGUGCUGGCCACCGACGGCGGCCUGGCCGCGCAGGAGGCCACCGUCACCAUGGUGGCCUCCGAGGACAUCGAGAUCAUGGAGCACGCCGGGGAGUUCGUCAUCGCCGCGCAGGAGGGAGACGUGGAGGUGCAGACUGUGAUCGUGUGAGGGGUGGGAGCUGCACACCUGGCCACUGGGGCUGCUCACAGAGCCAGGGGAACACUCAUGGGACAGUGCAGGCCCCCAAAAGGGGAGAGGGCAGGUCUAAAACGGGAUAGGACAGGUCUGAAACAGGAUAGCGCAGGUCUAAAAUGGGAUAGGCCUGAAAUGGGAUAGGACAGGUCUGAAACGGGAUAGUGCAGGUCUAAAACAGGAUAGGACAGGGCAGGUCCAAGGUGUUCUCAGUCUAAAACCAAUUCCAGGAGUUAAACCCUUGGCCUGGUCGCCCUGAGGAGACUGACAGGUCACAAGUGGCACUCAGUAUUCUGUACAGCAGCCUCGAAUUAAGGAAGAUCCUUUGGGAAUCAGCCCCCUCUGCCUGCCACUGGGACAGCAGGGGUCUGGUUUUUAAAAGGAUUCAGAAAGUGUAGCAAGUGUGUGGGGUCUCACAAGGGAUUAUUUAAAUAUAUGCAUUUAAAACAAGUUGAGAAAACCAAACCUAAGGAGUUGUGGUGUGUGUUGAGCACCACUGAAACACUCUCAUGCCUUUAACCUCACUCCUUCAGGCCUCCCAAGGCACGGUACUGCAGUAUUUCUCUUUUCUUUGGUAUCCUGGACAAGUAGCCUUAUGUACUGGUCUGUGAAUGCAUCAUUGUACCCUGCAAUGCUCCAGCCUGGGGGCUGGAAAGCCAUAUUGUACAGGAAUUUGGUUUUUUUUAAACCAUAUGUUGAUUUUUGAUUGCAUAUUGUACAGUUUUGGCAUGUAAAUAAAUACAUUUUUAAAAAUAAAA